AUGCACUUUUCCUAUUAAUCUUGGAUUACCCACAUACCAUAGGAUGUUAUAGCUUAAGAUCUCACAAAAUUAGGGACUGCCCCUAAAACAGAAAAGAAAAAGCGAGAAAUAGAAUCCCUUUUAGAAUCUCAAUAGCCAGGAAUUGAAAUUAACUAAGCAAAUUGA